ACCCCUCUCUCUCUCUCUCUCUCUCUCUCUCUCUCUCGCUUUGAUCGGAGGAAUCGAUUGAAGGUCGAUGGAGGCAAAUGCGGUUCUGCUUACACGCGCGCCUCGCCUACCGUCUCUUCCCUCAGCCUCGAGCUUCCCCAUCUCGCGGUUCAGCAGCAAGCCCACCUCCUCCUCCUCCUCCUCCUCCUCCGUAGUUUUGAGGAAGUGCUUGACGAGCAAAGACGAGACUCUCGUCGAUGGGCUUCCCAAGGAGUACUAUGACGAUGAAUGGCAAGCUCGUCAAAGAGAGAAGACAAAGGAGCUGCAUCGCAGGCGACAGGAGGAAGAUGAAGAAGAGGAAAGAAAGGUUGAGGAGUAUCGUGAAAUUGGCAUGAGGUUGAAAGGUUAUCCUGAAGAAGAUGUUCGAAAGGCAAGGAUAUUGGUAUCAAGCUUUAUCAGAUCAGAGGAAGAAGUUGAAGAGAAAAUCGAGGAAGCUGCUGAGAGAGGAGAACUGACAGAACUUAUCUUAAUGGUUAUCUGGAAUCGGCUUGAUCUUGCUAGACGUGAUGAUGAAAAGGAUGCAGUUAGAAGUCUUGACCUCUUAUACAGGAGGGUUGAGACUGAAAUUUUGAAACGGGAGGCCCCUCCUGCCAUGAGGCUGCUCAACGAGCUUUUGAAUUUGCAUGAUGGUUUUGAUAAUGAAGGAUGGCUGAAGGAAUGUAGAAAGCUGAUGGUGGAUACCUUUCCCCGGGAGGAUCCCUUUAGCAUUUUGGUUCCGGCUGGACUUGACAUCGAUAAGCAUCAAGGGCCACUUCGACCCUCAUCCGAAGAUGAUGCUCUUUUGAGGGUAGAUUUUGUUAGAGAGGUUGAUGAACUGCUACAAGAGGUUCGUGCUGAACAAAGCGAAUGGCAAGACGCUCAAGGGUUGGACCCUGAAUCUGUUGCAAGUAGGUUGAAGCAGCAGGAGAAGCAACAAACAAUACACCAAGUAGAAGCUCUGCUUGAUUUGGCUAUCAAUUUGAAAUGGUAGCAAGAUCUGUAUAUCCUACGUCCCAUGUUUCUAGACAAUGCAGCGCUGACCAUAAGAAAACUGAGGAACUCAUAUUGAUGCUCCGUACUUGGGCUGGGCUUGGCUUGAGCUGCCGCACCAGUAAUGGCCCUCGAGUCAAUCAACCAUGAACUGUACUUAUGUAGGAUCCUCAGUAUGAGUUCUGUUUUAGGGUUUUUAUAUUGUUUAGGAUGGUUAUGACUGUUGUAAGUGACUUUUCUGAGAAUCUCCUUAUCAAGCUGUGCAUGGUAUUCCUUGUAAUGCUUUUCACUGCGUCUGACAAACAAAGAGCAAAACGAAUUUUGAUCUUGAAUUAGUGUCAGAAGAAUGAGGAAACCUGAAAGAACUCAAUGGGAAAAUUUUCCAGAGA